CUUCUGCAAGAGCAUGUUGCAGUAGGGGUGUGGGGAAAGGGCUCUUAAGUCUCAUCUGGAGGGAAUCAUGGAAAGCUUCAUUGAAGAGUAUCCUUGCAACAGAGACUUGAAGGUGGUGUGGGAAUUUUCCAGCCCAUCCCUUCAGAGUCAAGGUCUUGUGGAGCUGAGUUUUUCUUUCUGUCCUUCACUGAGGCACCAGAAGGAAUCCUGCAAACUGGAGAGAGCAGGAGAUGGAGAAAACAAAUGGAAGAGAGGGCAUUGCUCUGUCCACAGUGGAGAUUGGCAUAGAGAACCCAGGGCUGGAGCUCACGGAAGAAGGAAUAAAUCCUGAGGGAACCAGGAAGACUGAAGAGCGAGGACACAGCCUUGGGGAUGGAUUGGAACCCCUAACUCAACAGAGGAGGAACCUACAGCCUUUCACCAGGGCAAGAAGUUUCUGUAAGACACAUGCUGCCUUGUUCAAGAAGGUCCUGCUGAGCCUGUUGUGUUUGGCUUAUGCUGCCUACUUCCUGGCAGCUUGCAUCUUGAAUUUCCAUAGGGCACUGGCCUUGUUCGUCCUCACCUGUUUGGUGCUUUUAGUCCUGGUUCACCGCUUUCUGAAAAGGUUCUUUGGUGAAAAAUUAACGAGAUGUCUGAAGCCCCUUGAAAACUCAUGCCUGAAGCUUUGGAUGAAACGUGUGUUCGCGGGAGUCUCCUUGGUUGGCCUUAUCCUGUGGCUGGCUCUAGACACAGCCCAAAGGCCAGAGCAGCUGACCUCCUUCGCAGGAAUCUGCAUGUUCACCCUCAUCCUCUUUGCCUGCUCCAAACACCACAGUGCAGUGUCCUGGAGGGCAGUGCUUUGGGGCCUAGGUCUUCAGUUUGUCUUUGGGAUCUUGGUCAUCAGAACUGAUCCUGGAUUUAAUGCAUUUCAAUGGCUGGGAAACCAGAUUCAGAUUUUUCUCAACUAUACUGUGGCUGGCUCCAGUUUUGUUUUUGGGGAUAUGCUGGUCAAGGAUAUCUUCGCUUUUCAGGCCUUACCGAUCAUCCUUUUCUUUGGAUGUGUGAUGUCCAUUCUUUACUACCUGGGCUUUGUGCAGUGGGUAGUUCAGAAGAUUGCCUGGUUUUUGCAAAUCACCAUGGGCACCACUGCCGCAGAGACCCUGGCUGUGGCAGGAAACAUCUUUGUGGGUAUGACAGAGGCACCUCUGCUCAUCCGUCCAUACCUUGCAGACAUGACGCUUUCAGAAGUCCAUGCAGUGAUGACUGGAGGGUUUGCCACCAUCUCAGGCACUGUCUUGGGAGCCUUCAUAUCCUUUGGGAUUGACACGUCAUCCUUGAUUUCUGCCUCUGUGAUGGCUGCCCCUUCUGCUCUUGCUUUGUCAAAGCUGGUAUAUCCAGAAGUGGAGGAGUCCAAGUUCAAGAAUAAGGAGGGGGUAAAAUUGCCCCGUGGGAAGGAGAAGAAUGUUCUGGAAGCUGCCAGCAAUGGAGCCACAGAUGCCAUAGGCCUUGCUGCUAAUGUAGCAGCCAACCUGAUUGCUUUUUUGGCCGUGUUGGCCUUCAUCAAUGCUGCCCUCUCCUGGCUAGGGGAACUGGUAGACAUACAGGGACUCACUUUUCAGGUCAUCUGUUCCUAUAUGCUAAGGCCCAUGGUUUUCAUGAUGGGUGUCGAGUGGGCAGACUGUCCGAUGGUGGCUGAGAUGGUGGGGAUCAAGUUCUUCACAAAUGAGUUUGUGGCCUAUCAGCAACUGUCUCAGUACAAAAACAAACGUCUCUCUGGAGUAGAAGAGUGGAUUGGAGGCGAGAAACAGUGGAUUUCUGUGAGAGCCGAAAUCAUUACAACAUUUUCACUCUGUGGAUUUGCCAAUCUUAGUUCCAUAGGAAUCACACUGGGAGGCUUGACAUCAAUGGUGCCCCACCGGAAGAGUGACUUGUCCAAGGUUGUGGUCAGUGCCCUCUUCACAGGGGCCUGUGUAUCCCUUAUCAGCGCUUGUGUGGCAGGAAUCCUCUAUGUCCCCAGGGGAGCUGAAACUGACUGUGUCUCCUUCCUAAACACAAGUUUCACCAAUCGAACCUAUGAGACCUAUGUGUGCUGCAGAGAGCUCUUUCGGAGUACCUCUCUGAAUGGCACCAACCCUCCUUCUUUUCCUGGUCCCUGGGAAGAUAAAGAGUUCAGUGCCAUAGCCCUUGCUAAAUGCUGUGACCUCUACACCAAUGCUGUCUGUGCCUAAAGCUGGUGCAUUUCCGUAACAAUCCUGAUCUGGAUGGCUUUUUGAUGGCAAAGUUAUUUUCGUACUCAGAGUUCUCAUUGUACAGCUAAUUCACCUUGAUCUUGAAUAGUAAAUGUAAAAUAUUCAUUUUGGCUCACUGUAUGUCAGUAAUGAAAAUUAGCACUCGUUUUUCCAUUAUUUGGCUGAACCAAAUGAGAAAUUCCUUAUGGGCUCUGUCUGAGCUUAGAGUUGAAAUAAGAAAUGUUACGAUGUCAAAAACUGUCUUUCAAACCUUGCUUCUAGUUGCCAUCAAUUAUGUGAUGUGUGCCAGAACUCUUCUGUAUAUGUUUUGGUAAAACAAAUAUGGGAGGCAGGCACAGUCUGCCUUGGAGUUUGAUGAGUGUCAUUCCUCUCUGCCCCUUACUGAAAGAAGUUGUAUGCAGGCAAGUUAUUCAAAAUCUUGUACCAGUUUUCUUAUCGUAAAGUGGGAGGAAUGAUGUUUGCCCUGUUCACUUCAAGAUUAUAAUAAUCAAAGCAGUGUGUGGAAGUUCUUGGAAGACGUAAAAAGUGUUUCAUAACUCUGUCCUAAAGAUGCUACCAGAAAACUACUAGAGCUAAUCAAUGAAUUUGGUAAAGUA